AUUUGGCUACAUGUUUAUCAAAACCAGAUAUUAAUUUCCACUACACAUGAAAAAUCUUUAAUCGAGAGACUUUGGUUUUCUACUCAAAUAGUUAAAAUUACUUCAGUGUAGAAAUCUUUCUGUCGUGUUUUUUGGUACUGUACGUUACACUCACUUGACCUUGCGGGUCUUCUUGACGUGUUGAGUCGUAAGAGUGUUAGGUUUCGCUGCGAAAUUAUGGAAGCUUGUGCAGCAAUUAUGAGAGAAAAUGUAGAUUUGAGUUCACAACUGAAUGAGCAAGACUUUCCUGCCCUCCCAAAAGCGGGGUUAUCUCGUCCUGUCAAAGCUUUAGGUGCAUUAAUACCUUCCUACCAAGCCAAAACUACGGAAGUCUUGGAAAUACCCUUUGAGGAGAGACGGUUCGUUAAUAAUGAAGACGAUAAUCUUUCAACCGGUAGAAGAUACAAUGUUCAGAGCAAAAUCUGUAUGGAAAUAGCAAGAGAUACAAAUGUUGAAAUGAAUUUGAACAGCUCCAAAAAUCAUAUUCUGACGGUCGUUAUCUCAGGAGAGCCAAGCAGAGUGGCUGAAGCUAAGAGAAGGGUGGUAGCUGAAUUACAACAACAGGAAACUGUUCGAAUUUCUGUUCCUGUUGAGUGUCGGGGUUAUUUAAUUGGUCGGAAAGGGGAGCGAUUACAAGAACUGGAGUCAUCUACGAUGACACGGAUUAGCAUUCCACCUCACAAUGCGCUUGAUCCAAAUGUCGUCAUUGUUACAGGUCCCAGAAGAGGGAUUUUAGAAGCAGAAGGCCUAAUAUAUGAAAUUGUUCACAAACAAUCCCAACAAGCGUUUGAACGGCUUUCGAUCCCAAAAAUUUAUCAUCCUUUUAUAUGUGGGCCGAACAACCAGACUGUAAAUGAUCUGAAGUCUCGAACUGACACUAAAAUCAACAUUCCUCCUCCAAAUGUAUCAGUCGAUGAAAUAGCAGUUUCUGGCAGGCGCGAAGGUGUUGCACAAGCGGUUAAAGAGAUUCAAGCAAUAUAUAAUGAACGGCUUGAAACUACAAAGACAAUUACUGUUAAGGUUGCUAGAUCACAGCAUCGUAUCAUAUUCGGUCAGCGCGGUUCUGGAAUCGCAGAUAUUCUAGCUCAAACUGGUGUUUCCGUUGAACUGCCAGUGGAUGAUGGGAAUGAGGAGAUUGUUUUGCGAGGAAAACCCGAAGAUCUUGGACGUGCACUUACAAUGGUUUAUGAACGGGCUCAAAGCACCAUGACAGAAGAAAUUGAAGCACCUAAUCGCUUUCACAGACUUUUAAUUGGAAGAGGAGGUUCUAAAUUAACAGAAUUACUGGAAGGAUACAAACGAGUUCAAGUAAGCUUUGGAGAUAACACCGACAGAAUCUCUGUUGAAGGUCCUUGUGAAGAAGUCGAAGUUAUUGUCGAGCGCUUAAAAAACCGCUUAGCAGAACUACAAGCCACUGUUGCUAUGGCGGCAGUAAAAGUAGAUCCCAAGUACUACCGACACAUAAUUGGUAAACAAGGAGCUACCAUUGGUCGUUUGCGUGACUAUAAAGUACGCGUUAAACUCCCUGAUUCAGAUCGAGGUGAUGCUUUCUCUGAUGAAAUAGUGAUUGAAGGCGAUCCAGUUGGAGUUGAAAAGGCAAAGCUUGAAAUUCAGCAAUUGGUGGAGAGACUGGAGAAUGAGAAAUGCAAAGAUAUGAUUAUUGAUCCUCAUAUCCAGAAUUUGUUACGUUCAACCAUAAAUGGAACUUCUUAUAUUCGUACCAUUUACGAAACAUUCCCUCAAGUACGUAUUAUAUGGCCUGAAAGUGAUGCAAAUGAUUCCAUGUUUGAAGAAAAUCCAACUAAAAGUAUUGUUCAACUAAGAGGUGAUCGUCAGCAAGUCGAUGCAGCAAGUGAAAAGUUAAACAAACUUAUUAAAUUAGUGAAAGAGGAGAACUAUAGACAAGAGAUAUAUAUUUUCAAAGAGGUACGGUCUAGUUUUCUUGGACGUGAAUAUCCAAGAGUGCGUAAAAUUCUUGAAGAUACACAAACACGUCUGCAAAAUCCUAAUGUUGGUUCUAAUCCUGAAAUUUUCACUGUAAUUGGACGAGAGGAAAAUGUGCGCAGGGCAAUUGAACAGUUAGAAGAAUUACAAAAGAAACUGGCUACUGUUAAAGAAGUAACUGUUUCUAUACCAUCAGCUUUGACAACUAAAUUCGCUGGAGAUCAAGCUCCAAGUUUAAGGUCAAUUUGUGAACAGUGUGAAGGAGUAUAUAUUAGAUUUGCAAAUAAUAAUAAUAAUAAAAAUACUAAAGGACAAUCAAAUAAAUUAAGUCAUAUGGAGAUCAUUGUACUUGGACCAGAAAAAGAAGUUCAACAAGCAUGUGCGUUGUUAGAUCAACUCAACGCAAGAGUAUCACAAUUAUGUGCUGAGGAAAUUGUUCAUGCCAAUCCUAGGUUUCAUGGUGUUCUUAUAGGCCGACACGCAUCGAAUAUAACGCAGUUUCGUCGCCGUCAUAAUGUUGAAUUGGUGUUCCCUGAUCGUUUUGAAUCUGACCCGAAAUUGGCUUGUGAAAUCCGAAUUGUUGGUACGAAAUCUGCGGUGUCGGAAGCGAAACGUGAAUUAGAAAAUGUUUUAAAAUCUUUGGAAGAUGAAGUGGAAAAAUCGAUUCCAGUUGAUCCAUCUAUAUUGAAAGGAAUUAACCAGUAUCGUCGUAAUUUCCCCAAUCCCGAUUUACAAACUGUCCGUGUAAUAAUGCCCCGUUACAAUAAUCAUAUACAAUCCAAUCCGGAAAAUUCAACUGAACAUUCCACUGAACCUUUGUAUAUUAAAUUAAUUGGCUCUAAAGCUUGUGUUGAAACUGCAGCUCAAAUUUUGCAACAAAUUAUCAAAGAUAUGCAAGAACAAAUAGUUCAAGAAUUUCCUUUCACUGAUCCUAGUCAUAUUUCUGUAUUGGAACGUAAUCGUUCGCAUCUGCCGGAACUCGAACGAUUAUAUAGAGUGCAGAUUAGAUUUAGUCGUUCAUUUGAUAAUUCUGACUUCGAUAGUUAUUCAACAUUUGAUGAGAGAUCAGUUAAUCAAUCAGAGUUCCACCCUGUUUCUGGCAUUCUUGUGAUAACAGGCGUACAAGAACGUAUUAAUCAGGUAUUUGAAGAAGGCAUAAAACCUCUCCUACCAAUUGAAGAAACAUUCCCAGUUCCUCAGGAAUUUCAUCGUAAUUUAAUAGUUACUUCAUCAGAUACAACAACACGUGAGCAGUCACGUCGUUCAUUGCGUGGCAAUAAUAAUAAUAAUAAUAGUAAUAGUAAUAGUAAUAAACGGAAUAAUAAUGUGUCUGAACAAGUGACAAAUACAACUGCAGAAACUUUAUCUAAAGCUAUGGAAAUUAAACAAAAGCAUUCUGUUAAUAUACGUCUGCCACCUCAACAUACUUCUGGUUCCGACUACAUUUUUUUACGUGGUACACCAGCGAAUAUAGAAGCAGCUAAAGCUGAUCUAACCGAAUGGUUACAACAAUGUGAACUAAUAAAAGCGGAUAAAAUUGCACGAAGUUAUGAAACAGUUGUAGAAUUUCCCUUUAGGUUCUUAUCAAGUAUUCUUAGCAUGAGAGCUGAUCUCUACUCUAAACAUGAUGUUGGUAUUCGUGUAGACACUGGUAGUAGUAGUAAUAAUAAUAGUAGUUCAGUAGUUCUAAAACCAUUACCACCAUCAUUGUCGUCAAUGCCAGAACAUUCAUCAGUUGACAACAAUACUACUGACAUCAGCGAUGAUAUUACUUUCUGUAGUAUUUCAAAACCUACAGUAGAAGACAAUAGCAAUAAUGAUAAUGACAAUAAUGAGAGUGAUGAAUUAUCGUCGACAGGAUUACCUAAAGAGAAACAAGCAAAAAUAAUUCUACGUGGUUAUCAGGAAAAUGUAUCUGCAGCGAAAAUUGAACUCGAGAAUACUAUUAACAAAUUAUUAGCUGAAGUCACUGAGAAUUUAUUCAUUCCUGUAGAGACACAUGCUCGACUGAUCGGUGCUAGAGGUAAUGCUAUUCAAAAAGUCAUGCGAGACUACAAUGUACGCAUUGAAUUCCCUAGUAGACGAAAUAUCAAUAGCGCCAAUGGAGACGGUAAUACAGUAUUAGUAACGGGUGCACCAGAAAAUGUUGAUCAGGCAUGUGAUUAUUUGAUUUCCAAAGCAAAUGAAUUUAUUGCGCAAAGUGGAUUGUCCAAUACUAGGCAACGAUUGUUUGAAGAAGAAAUUUAAACAUCUAUGUGGUUAUUGGCGGCAAUAUGUGCUGUUAUUUUUCGUUUGUAUACCCUGAACACGGAGUUGGAUACAUUCAUUGUUAUUGUUAGUUGUCGUCACACCAUCUUUUUGUCUACACUCAAUAAAUAAAUUGGUUUCCUUGGACAGGAAUCACUAAAUCACAAAAAAGUGUAUUGUGUGCCUUAAUCUUCUGAUUUUUUUUAUUGAUGAAAUAAACCAUUUAUUUUUCAUUUGAUAUAUAUAUAUAUAUUUAUGUAUUUGUGUCUGUUUGUUAGUUUUCUUGUCUUCGGCACAAUCUCUCUCUUUCCUCCCUUUUUUCUUUGAUAAAACCUGACCAAUUUUUUCACUAUUCCCUCUAUGUAAUCGAUCAUUACACACAUGAAUAAGGUUUUGUUAUUGCAUGGACGAUAUUGUUAUGUUCUCAUCCACUAUUUAAUUGAUUGCAUAUAUGGAUGAUGAAAUUACAAACUACAAUAAAAAUAAACAAACAAAUGACUUUCUUUGUGCUCUGCGUGUGUUCAUCUUUUUAUUUCUCUAUUCAUUUAUUAUCAAUCUAGAAAAUUACAUAACUAACCGAUCAAUUGGUAGUAAACCUGUACUAAAAAAUUCACACGUAUAUACAUGAAUUUCUGUGAAGACAAUGCGAUAUUUUGUUCCGUUGAGACUGUCGGUGUUUAUUCUUUCCCGUACUGUUUUGAUUUACAUUAUAAUAUUACUCUCUCACUGUCUCUGAUAAACACACUUUUCUUUCGAAUCCCAAUUAAAACAAAACACAACAAAUAUUCACUAAAAAGAAAAUGGUAAUAAGGAAUAAAACAAAAUACUUUGGAUGAUUUUCUUUCUAAAAAAAAACGACUUUGAACAACAAUAACAAAACGACAGCAUGUGGAAUUUGUCUCAUUUUAUUUAAUUGCCUUUUUUCUUCAAUAAAUUUUUGUAGUGUAU